CAUAAAUGACAAGUAAUGCAGCUGUACGAAUAUCACUUUUUUGAUCAAGAUAUUUUUUAUUCUAUUUGAAAAUUUUUAUUGGUUAGGAUGAACAAUUAGAUUUAAAUGAUAAAGUUGCAUUUGCGGCUCGAUAUUUAAAUGAGCAAUGUUUUUAUGAUAAAUUAGAUAAAUUAGCUGAUGAAAGUCGAGAAAAGGAGAUCUUCAAGGAAUUCUUUUAA